AUGAAGGGCGCUGUAGUUUUUGAUGGCCAAACGUCUGAUCAGUUCGAAAUGCGUAGGGGUGUCCGUCAGGGCUGCGUGUUGGCUCCUACCCUGUUUGGUAUAUUCUUUUCGAUUAUCCUAAGAACUGCUUUCGGCGAUAGCCAACAGGGUAUCCACCUUCAUACAAGAGUAGACGGAAAGCUAUUCAACAUCUCACUGCUUCAAGCUAAACGAAAGCGUCAUGAUCUUUUCGUUGACUCUUUGUUAUUUGCCGAUGAUGCAGCUUUUGUGGCAAACUCAGUUCUCGAGCUUCAAACAAUCUUGGACAAAUUUUCCGAAGCAUGUACUCUGUUGUCCAUGUCCAUAAACCCCAAAAAAACUGUGGUUCUAGCGCAAGGCAGUGCAGAAAUACCUGCAAUAAUGCUGGAUAGCGCUGCCUUACAAGUGGUUGAUAGGUUCUGCUACCUGGGAUCGACUGUUUCGAGCAAUCUCUCUCUAGAAGCAGAGAUCAAUACUCGCAUUGGAAAAGCGGCGUCUACGUUCGGGCGGCUCAGUACAAGAGUGUGGAACAACAAACAUCUUACCAACAGGACCAAGAUGAUAGUAUUUCAGGCCUGUGUUUUGAGCACGCUCUUGUACGGAGCGGAGGCGUGGACGUCCUACGCGAAGCAAGAACGUCAGAUUAACACUUUUUAUAUGCGCUGCCUACGAAACAUCCUGGGUAUAAGUUGGAAAGACAGAGCGACCAACGAGAGGGUUCUACAAAUAGCGCGGAUGCCCAGUCUAACUGCCAUGCUAAAACAGCGUCGGCUGCGUUGGUUGGGGCAUGUACACCGGAUGAACCCCUCUCGACUUCCGCGGCAGAUCAUUGGCGCAGUUGCGAACGCAAGGAGGGAUGUUGGGAGGCCUUUGCUCCGUUUUAAAGACUGCGCCAAGCGCGAUAUGGUCGCUUUUAACAUAAAUCACAACAGCUGGGAAAAGUUAGCCGAGAACAGAGACCAAUGGCGUAGGAGCGUGAAGGAUGGUCAAAAACAUCACGAUGAAGCCUGGUUUGGACUCUUAUCGGACAGGAGAAACAAAAAACACCAGAACAGCGACAUCAGUGACACUAGCACAUCUUUUCCUUGUUCGGUCUGCGGUAGAGUCUGCCGCUCCCGUAUCGGCUUGCACAGCCAUCAGAAGAAAUGCUCUUCAGACACCGUUUAA